UUUGGGUAGGAAAAUUGGUUUCAUUAAUACCUCCCCUUGCACUUUGUAGGUUCAUCAUCUCUCUGUUCUGCUGUCCCCUGAAACCAAAAGCCCAAGACUUAUUAUUUGAGAAGCCCGAGUAACUUUAUGCUCAGAAAGAAUGAUUGGGGUCCUUGGUAACUGGGCUGAAUGGAGUUCACUGACCAGAAAUGCUCGUACGGCCUUGUGUCUGCCCCUCAGCCACAGGAGAGCCCACCCUCGGCUGGAAGGGAGGAGCCAUUUGGAAGAUUUCAAGCUGUUGAAACAAAGGAAACGUUGCGGGAGACAGCGACCAAAUUCCUGCUCUUUGAAAACCAGAUGGAUAAGGGCUGUCGGAUUCGGCUCAACCACUCAGACACGUUACAGCAGUGCGGCUUCAAUUCCUCUCUGCCUCUGGUGGUGAUAAUCCACGGGUGGUCGUUCGACGGCUUGCUGGAAAGCUGGAUCUGGCAGCUGGUGGCCACGCUGAAGUCUCCUCUGGUCCAGCCAGUGAACGUGGUGCUGGCGGACUGGGUCAUCCUGGCCUACCACCAGUACAGCGUCGCUGUCCGCAAUAGCCGCCUCGUGGGCCAGGAGGUCGCAGAUCUUCUCCAGUGGCUGGAGGAAUCUGCUCAGUUCUCUCCGAGCAAUGUUCAUCUAAUUGGGUACAGCCUGGGUGCACACGUCUCGGGAUUCGCUGGCAGUUACAUGCGCGGAAAGCACAAGAUUGGGAGAAUUACAGCACUGGAUGCCGCAGGUCCCUUGUUCGAGGGCACUUCCCCCAGUGACCGUCUUUCGCCAGAUGACGCCAAUUUCGUGGACGCCAUUCACACCUUUACCCAGGAGCACAUGGGCCUGAGUGUGGGCAUCAAACAGCCCAUAGCACACUAUGACUUCUACCCCAAUGGGGGCACCUUCCAACCUGGCUGCCACUUCCUGGAGUUCUACAAAGAUAUUGCCAAGCACGGCUUAAAUGCCAUCACCCGGACCAUAAAGUGCGCCCACGUGCGGUCGGUGUACCUCUUCAUCGACUCCUUGCUGCACCCCAGCAUGCAGAGCAUGGCCUACCUGUGCAGCGACAUGGACAGCUUCAGCCGGGGCCUGUGUCUGAGCUGCAAGAAGGGCCGCUGCAACACACUGGGCUACCACGUCCGCCAGGAGCCCAGAGGCAAGAAGAGCAAGCAGCUCUUCCUUAUGACGCGAGCCCAGUCCCCCUUCAAAGUCUAUCAUUACCAGAUCAAGACGCAGUUCAUCAACCAAACUGAGAAACCAGUGGAACCAGCUUUCACCCUGUCACUCCUUGGAACGAAAGAGGAAAUGCAGAAAGUUCCUGUCACUCUGGGUGAAGGAAUUACUAGUAAUAAAACCUAUUCCUUUCUUAUCACUCUGGAUUUGGACAUUGGUGAGCUGAUCAUGAUCAAGUUCAAGUGGGAAAACAGUGCAGUAUGGGCCAACCUCUGGAACACAGUCCAAAUCAUCAUCCCAUGGGGCAGAGAGCCCCACUUCUCAGGCCUUGUUCCAAAGAGCAUCAGAGUCAAGGCAGGAGAAACCCAGCAAAGAAUGACAUUUUGCCCAGAAAACAUGGAUAAUCUACAGCUUCACCCAACCCAGGAGAAAACCUUUGUGAGAUGUGAAGUAAACUCUGAAAAACGGAAGCGAAAGAUCCGAUGAGCUUUAAUGAAGACCCAACGCAAAGAAUAAAUGAUCUUAUUCCUUAUCUGGAAUGGCUGUCUUACGUGGAAACCAAAGUUAUAUAAAGAAUCUUGCAUAAAGUUUAAAUCCAUGAAGUUUAGAUUUAAAGGGGGAUUACAUUUCACCUAUUAUAAACUAAGCUUUUAAAAACUAUAUUAUGUAACUAUAUUCGAAUAUUAGUUUAGCCAAAAAUUUCCCAAUUUUAUGUCUGAGUAAAUGGUAAUAUAUGCAAAUAAGUACAAAUGUAAGAGCCAUUUUAGAUCCGUUGUUCCAAUUUAAAAUGUCUUUUACAGUUAAGUCGAAUUUCCCAUAUUUCUUUGCUAGUUCAUUCUGAUCACUUUUUUGAACCAUGCUGGAAAGGUACUUCUUUAUUACAUAACUGGCACUUCAAUAAAGUGAAAUUCCAAUUAAUCAUAGUCGUGUGUUCCAAAGUAACACCCUUUAAGAACAACAGCUACUAAAAGAAGAAAAAUUCUACUUAAACUAAUAGUUGCUAUUAUACAAAUCAUACAAUUAUUUCAGUGAACCAAGCAAAUAGAAAUGGAAUUCUUCUAAAACUACUAAUGAUAACAAUGAAAGCUGGACAAUUGGUCAUUUUAAUAAUUAAAUUACUAUUUACAGUUUUCCUCUUUUACUAAUGCUUGCAACAAAAGCUAAUGGAAAACUUAGAAUAUCUUGAGGAGUUAGAUAUUAAAUCUUAAACUGUCCAACAAACGAAAUAAUGAUGUUUUGGCCAGCAAAUUCCAGCACAAAGCAUGUGAAGGAAAUACUAGAUAUGUUAUCACUUGCGUAUGUUUCAAGUAAUUCAGAGAGGAGGAGCACGCUGUACACAUUUAAUAACCUAACCUGACAUUCACAUAGGUUCAGCUCUAUAUAUACAGCCCGUAAUUCACAUGCUCUUCACCAGAGAAGGGCAAACCAGAGCCGGUGAAAACAAAAAUCCUCAAGAGCGGUCUGCCUCUGACUAAAUCAAUUUAAGAUUAUCUUGCACUAUUCACUUUUAUUUCCCUUGGAAAGACUCAUGAAACUAAAGGAUA